GGAGCUGCCGCAGGGCCCUUGGCCCCUCCGGGCCCCAGGCAGGGGCCCCUCCUGCCCGGCGCUCGGCUAGCUCCUGCCCCGCGUCCCCACAGGCAGCUGCCUUGUCGAGCGUCCUUGCCGGGAGGCGCUUGCCAUCCCCCUGGCAAUGUUGUCUCCUCAGAGACAAGCUGGGAGCUUAAAAGAAGCUUUUUAAGGCUAGAUUGUGCCUUGGCUGCAAGGAUGUGGCAUCUCGGGUUUCCAUGAUCCUGGGGUUGUGCCAGCCAGGUGGUCAACAGCCACUUCUUAGUGACUUGGCAACCUCUUCUGCACCCUAUUUUCCUCCUACGCACAUGGGGAGCGAAGACUAUGAAAACAUCAACCAUGUAGUGGUCUUCAUGCUGGGAACUAUACCAUUUCCAGAUGGAAUGGGAGGAUCUGUCUAUUUUUGUUACCCAGACCAGAGUGGGAUGGCAGUGUGGCAGCUGCUGGGGUUUGUCACUAAUGAGAAGCCAAGUGCCAUCUUCAAAAUUUCUGGUCUGAAAUCUGGGAAGGGAAGUCAGCAUCCCUUUGGUGCCAUGAACCUCCCACAGACACCAACAGUGGCUCAGAUUGGAAUCUCAGUGGAACUGCUGGAGAACCUGGCUCAGCAGACUCCUGUUGCAAGUGCUGCUGUGUCAUCAGUAGAUUCAUUCACGGAGUUCACUCAGAAGAUGUUGGAUAACUUCUAUAACUUUGCUUCCUCGUUUGCUGUUACUCAGGCACAGAUGACCCCAAAUCCUUCUGAAGCUUUCAUUCCUGCAAAUGUAGUUCUGAAAUGGUAUGAAAACUUCCAGAGACGUCUGACACAGAACCCUCUCUUUUGGAAAACAUAAGCUUAAAUUCUCUCAUUUGGAGUUCUUUCUAAAAUGUUACCUGAAAGAUGCAUCAAGUAACUCUGCUGAAGAUUUUCGGAGGGGAGGAGGGGAAAAACCCAAACAACGAUUAGUCUAAAUAGACAAACUAGUAACUUUUAUAUUACUCUUGAACAGUAUUUAAAAUUAAAAUCAAUGAAAAUUA